AUAACAUAAAAUUGGCUGUUUUAAAAUCCAAACAAAUUUGAAGUUAAUAUGGACUUAUACUAUGGAAACGAGAGUUUUUUUUUCCUCUUUUUGUUGUUAUUAUAAUGUCUCCUGUGUCACCAGCGGCGCGUGGGCUAUUGAAAUGCACAGUGACGGGCUUCUUUCUGAUGCGCGCACGUGCCCACGGAAGUCUAGGUGUGAGUGAGCGUGUACCAUCAGCCCUUUUGAUCCAAAGCUUUCUUGAAUGCUUUCACCAAUUCAGUGAAAACUAUAUAUUAGCUUAUCUGAGUAAAUCCAAUAUAAAUAAUUGGCCAAGCAUUUAUAAUAAAUGUGUAAGCUAAUACGCUAUCGUUUGCGAUUCGUGUAGCCUAAUACUUCGACAAUAGGCUACUUUUUACUGUGCUUUGUCUUUUUCUUGUACUUUUUGCUCAUCUUUAUUAUUUAAAUGUCUAAAGAUUUAAAUUAACAAACCAAAAAUACAAAUCUAUAGUCAAAAUCUACAAAUAAAACCCUUUAUUUUUCCUAAUGGAAACUGAUUGACAAGCAAAAUAUAGCGGCUCAGGGAUUGGGUUAUACCACAUAGUGGGCGUGGCUUUGCCACCACGCGCCUGAACGCCUAUAAAUACCUGUGCUGAGCUUCAGACUUCACAUUUCACAUUUGUUUGCGCACCUCGAUGAAAGAUCUCUUCCUGCAUACCUAACAGAAGAAAGCUAGGACCUUUUCUGGAAUCAUAUCACCACUCAUAUCAACUAUUGGAGUACACGUGCAAUGAAAAUCCUGGCACAGACUGAAAAAAUCAAAAUGGAGAGAAAGGUAACUACUUAUUUUCAGAUGAAUACCAUUGAGACAUACAUAUGUUGUAAUAUUAACCAGUUUAAACAUGAUCUGUUGACUGACAUUAGUCUUUUGUGUUUUCUGAAGCUGUUAAAACCUCAGGUAGAAAGACGUAGAAGAGAAAGGAUGAACCGGAGUCUAGAAAACCUGAAACUUCUGCUUCUGCAAGGCCCUGAACACAACCAACCUAAUCAGAGACGAUUAGAGAAAGCAGAGAUCCUGGAAUACACAGUUCUGUUUCUGCAAAAGGCGAAUAAAGCGAAUAAAGAAGAGGAAGGAGAGGAAAAAAGCCAGUUUAUGGAAGGCUUUUCCUCAUGUCUUCAAAAAGCAGCCCGUUACCUCUUAGAUGAAGGUGGACUGGAAGGAUCAGUGACAUCCAUGCUGUGUCAACGUCUCGCUCACCCCACCAUCAGACUGCCUGUCAGAAGUCAGGUUUCCUCCAGAAAGCAGCAUGCAGAAUCAAAUGCACAGCAUCAUGUGCGUCGUCCACACCACAAAAACACCGUCUCCAAAGCAGGACAUCCAUCAGCUUGCAGGAACGCUAAAGAACCACAAGCUGACAGAGCUGCAUUCAGAAGCACAGACUCCAACGCAAAGCAUUCGACAGCUCAACCAACCUCCCACCACCCUGAACCAGCCAGCCAGACCGUCUGGAGACCUUGGCCUUAACUGAGAGAAAAGACAUUCAUUGAGAAAUGAUGGGCCUUGUGUAAUCUCUUCUGAAUUAUAUACAUCACAGAUUUCUUUUAUUGCUUUUAUCAUCUGACAUAACGUUGGAAGUGUAAAUAGUGUAUGAUAAAUAUUGCAAUAUAUUUUUUACGCAGAUUUCUUUUCCCUUUUUUCUUCUCCUUGCAUGAUCUGUACUGGAUGAUGAUCAUUUGUAAUACAUAACUGAUGUAUUUAUCUGUUUUGCACAUUUAAUUUAUUAAUGACAUU